GUCAGAUAGUUACCUCUAUACGACCUCGUUUCUUUUCGUGUAUAUGUGCUUGCUGCGUUAUCAGCGUUGAUGGACCGAAACACUUAGAACUAUUUAAGCGUUUCCACCAUGUCGUAUAGAGAAAUGAGAACUUUCACGGAGGCGAUGAGGUCACUGGGAUUUAGUAGAAUUAUAUCAAUGGAAAAUUUCCGGACGCCCAACUUCCCGUUGGUGGCGGAAAUCCUAACCUGGCUGGUAUUGCGUUACGAUCCAAACGCAGAUAUCCCGAAGUGCCUGGACACGGAGCAAGAUCGGGUGAUAUUCAUAAAGGUGGUUGUGCACUUUUUAGCAACGAAGGCAUGUAUUCGACUAAACGCGAAGAAACUUUAUCAGGCCAAUGGGUUUGCAGUGAAAGAACUGUUGAAGGUCAUCAAAGUACUGUAUUCUGCAUUUGCUAAGCAACAGCAUAAAGAUGUUACGGAGAAUACUGAACUGUGCACAGCAGAACUGAUAGACUCGUCGAAAAGAAAAGAGCUACAAGAAGGCCGUAGCCUUUCCAGUCAACUUGCGUCGUCUGGGGCUUCACUUCAUUCCCUCCUAGGCCGCGAGGCACACCUACGGGAGCUUCGGAACAAUGCAAUCGGGCGCCAGCUUGACAGUACCUGGGUGGAACAGUGCGUUACUGCAGCACGUGAUGCAUUGCAAGCACAAAUGGAGCGAACCAAAGCCUCUAUCGCUAGCCUGGCUGAGGAUGAGGCAAAUUUAGACAGUAAGAUAGAGAAGAAACAACGCGAACUGGAACGAAACCGGAAGAGACUUCUCACUCUACAAUCAGUCAGACCCGCGUAUAUGGAAGAAUACGAGCAAUUGGAGGAAGAACUGUCCUCCAUCUACUCCUCUUACAUCACUCGAUUCCGUAAUUUGGCAUUCCUAGAGAAUCAGUACGAAGAACUUAUUCGUGCCUCAGGCUUGACGCAAGAGUAUGACAUGGGUGAUGCUGACAAAAAGCAAAUGGAACCGGCGAAACAAACUAUGAAAAGUUCUGGUGACGAGGUUGACGUGCGUGCCCAUGAAAAUGACGACUCCGGAAGAAGCGUUUCUGCUCAAUACCGGAUGCAGAAAAAAGAAGAACCGUCCAAAACGAUCCACAUCGACGGUAGCCAAGAGGAUCUCAUUGAUGUUCAAGACGAAGAUGAAAACCUUGAAGAUGACGACGAUGAUGACGAUGACGACGAGGAUGACGAGGAUGACGAGGAUUCAGCUGGAAAUGAAACUAUCAACGUCGGGCGAUACCGGCGGAAAAGUAGUCCAGCCGAUUCCGGAAUUCGAGUUGGCCGCAACCAACUCUCAGCCGGAUGGUCACCUAGCCGUCAACCCAUCACUGCUGCUAACUAUCACGGAAGAGCCCAGUUUGGCUUCACACAUGAACUGGCUAAUUCAGGAGUACUUGGUUCGGGCCCCACUGAGGAAGAGAAACCUGGAAUAAAAAAUGUAAAAGGAUUUGUCAAAGACCAAGUACUUAGACCUUCUGAGAGUUUAGGUUCGGUGAACGAAGAUCACCUCAGCAAUGAGGAAGAUGUCGAUGAUAAUGACGGAGAAGACGAAGGAGACGAUGACAUUACAGAUGAAAUAAACAAUGCAUUCGGUGCACAAGUCACUCGCUACAACGUUCUUGAGGAGCAACUUCGACGAGAUGAUUCACAACUGAAGAAAUCCUCAUCAAAAAUCAAUUCAAAAUCUCUGUCGAUUUCCAAAGAAGCAGAUGAUGACGAUUUUUGACCCACCGGAGCAGCAGACAUGUUAAAAACCGACAACAUUUCUAUCCAUGACAUUUCUAUUUCAACUUUGACGGAACUGGACGUAGGCGGGCAGAAUACUAGGACCCCGUGAUUCAAUGGAUCAUUUUAAGCAUAUCAGCAGUGCAUACGGAAGUUCACAAUCCGGCCGCUCUUUUGCGAAUGACAACUUUGAUUUCUGGACAUGCUUUUUCUCCCGUGUUAAUUAACUAGAUUAGACAUAUUGAACCUCCUUGUAGCAUAUAAUUGCGAUGUGAUUGGUGCAUGGCCAUAACCACCAAAAAUUUCCGAAGGCUAAUUGAUUUUGCUAAGCCUUCUUAGAUCUAUGCAAGGAAUAAUUAAUGCGGACAUUUGGGAACUGGCAAUUGAGGACACCAUGUCACUUAUGCAGUAAGCGCCAGCAAAUUAUUUCAGAUUGGUUGCAUUGUUGCAAAAUUUUAGCUCACGCUGUCGAUGCUUUAUAGAGCAGCUCACUUAAAUGAAAUAAAAUUUACUGAUGAAUAAACCUUAUUGUGAACAUGACGUGUUGUUUUGGCUGGCAUUCGCAAGGCAAAUUU